CUGUGAUGGGCGCUCGCCUGUGAUCGGAGCCAGCGAGCCCCCCGUGCGAGCGGCCCGAUGGCGUGCAGCGGCGGAGCCAGCCUCUACCAGGACCACAUCCUGCAAGCCGUGCUGCAGGGAAACCUCACCAGCGUGCCCGAGCCACCGUCCAGGCUGCUCAAGAUACUGGUCGCCUCAUCAAGGCCUGACUUCGAGCAGGAGCGCCGGGUGGUGCAAGAGAAUGUGCUACCGGAGCUUCAGCGGCACUGCGCCUCGCUCGGAGUGGACGUGGAGCUUUUGGACCUCCAGCAGGGCCAGGACCCGCGACUGCGACCCGUCGAUGCCACCUUGCGAGAGUUGGAGGACUGCCACGCCCGUUCUCUCGGAUGCUUCCUUCUUUGCCUGGUGGGCAACAAAUACCGGCCCUUCGCUCUCCCCGACCACAUCGAGAGCACAGUGUUCGAACCGUUGCACCAGGCUGCCCAGGACGCGGACCUAGAUGUGUCACUGCUCGACCAGUGGUACCUCCUCAACGAGAAUCUGGUGCCACCGGCCUACGAGUUGCAAGCCCCUUCUGAUAGGACAUGCAAGGCGGACGCCGGUGGCCUCCGGCGAGGGCUUACGACAGCGGGUGCAGACGAACCAUCAAGCCUAGUGGAGGAGCAGGAACAAGUUGUCAAGGUGCUCCAGUACGGCGCCAAGGUGGCUCUCGACGAAGGUCUCAUUGACGCCGACACGGAACGACAGUUCCGGAUGUCCGGAGUCCAUGCUCUCCUAGACCAUGCGCUGAAACUUUCGAAGACAGCCCAGCACAAGAUCAUCUGCGUCGUGAGGCAGUUCGAUGGUAUCAACGUGAACGACAGUUUGGCCUCAACGUAUGCUGAUGUCAGCACGCAAGGUUCCGACGAGGACUCUGCGACGUACACCGAAGACCUGGUCGCCGACAUUAUAUUAAACGUUGCGAGGAAAAACGUUCACUUCUACAGUGUUCCAUGGCACGCGAGUGGUCUGGACCCCGAGCUCUCGGCGCACAGCGGCUACUUGGAGAAGCUGACCGAGGCGCUGCUCACCACGAUCAAGGCCAUGGUGGACGAGGCGUCACAGGUCGAGACGCCCGACUGGGACGAGCUGCCCCCCACUUUCCGCAAGGUUGUACAGGAGGUGGUUCGCGAGUCGCAGACGCAUCUGUGCAACAGCCGGCAGCUGCUGCGUUGUCUGGGCGUGUCGCAGUCUUUAGACAGCGACUACGGCCCGCUACUGCAGAUCCAGCAACUUAUGCUGGCCGACGAGGAGCGUGUGCGCCACACACCCAUCAUCGUGUGCGGUCGGGAAGGGUGCGGAAAGUCUACACUGCUAUCUCAGGUGCUCAUGUACUGCCCGGAGUGGUUGGGCAGCGAUGUGGUGCGCAUCGUGCGCGGCGUGGGCCAGAGCCCUUGCUGCGCGUACCCGGCCGAGAUGCUGCGCAACCUGUGCCUGCACAUAAGCAUGGUGUUCGGCUUCGAGAUCAGCCCCAAGCACCAGAGCUUCGAGCUGAGCAAGCUGAGCACCUGGUUCCAGGAGCUGCUCAAGCGCGUCGAGGCCAGCACGAGCGACCUGGUCAUCGUGCUGGACGACCUUGACCGGCUGCGGGGUCCCGCGCACCACCAGGCCGCCACACUGGGAUGGCUGCCCUGGAACCUGCCUCUCAACGUGCACCUCGUCUGCUCGGUUGCACAGGAGGCGGAGGCGGUGCUCGCUCUGCUGCGCAGCCGCAUCCCGGCUGGUGACAGCUACGUGUUCAUUCCGCCCCUCGCCGACGCCGCCAGCAUGCUGCAGUCGCACCUGAAGGACAACAAGCGGCUGCUGACGCGGCAGCAGUGGGACGUGUUGCGGCAGCGUCUAGCGGGCCAGACGGCGAGUCCCCUCUACGUGACGCUUCUGUCGCAGCAGGCCAUGCGGUGGGCCUCUUACGAGGCCCUGGACGGCGAACUGCACGUGCCAGCCGACACAGAGGCCUUCGUGAGCCGCAGUCUAGAGCGCAUUGAGCGCCAGUUCGGCUUGGCGCCUGUCAAGAAAAUCGCCUCGUACCUCACCUGCACCAGCUACGGGCUGCGCGAGCCGGAGGUCAUCGAGCUGCUCUCGUCCACGGAGUGCGACGGAGCAGAACUGGCGCCCGUUAGCUGGCUUUCCUUCAAGAAGGAGCUCGGAGUGCUGCUGAAGGAAUCGUACGUGGACUGCCGGUCAUACCUGCAGUGGAGUCACCGCUGCAUAGGCACCUGCGUACGACAACGCUACCUGUCCGACCGCGCUGAGGCAAUCGCUUGCCACGCGGAACUGGCCAACGCAUUUCACCUCGGCUUCCUCAUGCAGAAGGAGGAAAAGGGACCCGCUUUUGAUGAUUCAAGCAAAUCAAAAAGGAAAGAAGAUUGGUCCGAUCUUCUGCGGGAAGUAGACGAGCUUUGGCAGCAUCUUUUUCAUAGUGGUGAUUCUAAACGACUGAAUCAAGACGCAGUGUGUAAUUUUGAAUUUCUACUGUCCGCCAUUAGAGGAGCUUCCAUCAGCUACGUGAAAAGUGUCUUGGAAAUCGUUCGCGCACAACUCCUGGACUGGGAAAUCGAGCUUCUGUACAAUAUGACCAAGCAGUCCGUCGACGUCUUGAGCCAAGACCCGCAACAGCUUGCCACAGAAAUCCUAAACUGGCUGCGAACAUACGCCGACGGCAACUCGAAGGUGCUGGGAGACUUGGUGAGCCAGGCGAGCAGCUGGUGCAGCCAAGCGAAGACGCCGCUGCUGGUGCCGGUGACAUCGUGGCUGAGCCUAGCGCUGCCGCCGCAGGUGCUCUCGCUCACACUGCAGGCGCCCAUCCGUCAGCUGGUGGCCGCACCCGAUUCGCAGCACGCAUUCUGCACCACCGAGGCCGACGACAAGCUGGUCGCCGUCUAUCACCUCACUUCCAAGAAGCUUGUGAGACACAUGGCCGGCCACAAGGCCGCCAUAACUUGCCUGUACAUGUCCCCAUCGGGCCUGCACCUGCUAAGUGGCUCCGAGGACACGGACGUGCUCGUUUGGGACCCGGCGACGGGCGAGCUGAGGAGGAGGCUAAGUCACCACGUGGCCGGCGUGCUGUGCGUAACGUGCACGAAUGCCGAGGACCUGGUGCUGAGCGGCUCCGAGAUCGGCGUGGUGGUGUUGGCGCGGUUGGACACCGGGCAGCUGGUGCAGCGCCUCGAGAACCACCGCGGCGUGGUCAGCGCCGUGGCCGUCAACCGCGGCGAUGAUAUAUUCGCCACCGCGUCUUCGGACUGCACGGUGUGCAUCUGGUGCCUGGAGACAUUCACGCUGCUCAACACGCUUUCACUUCCGGCGGCCGUCGAGCGGCUCAGCAUCUCGGGCGACAGCACAUUCUUGCUGCUCGGCUGCGCUGACCAGUGCGUGCGCGUGCGCUCGCUCACCACGGGCUCGGACGUGCACUGCCUGCAAGGGUACGCAGGCCGCGUCAGCGCGAUCGGCUUCGCGCGCGACAACUGCCGCUGCGUGCUGGGCACGCGCGACGGCAAGGCGUUCGUCUUCGACAUCCACUCGGCGCGCCUGGUGCAGACCCUCGCUGCGCACCCGGACGCCCCCGUGGUCGCCAUUCAGGCUCAAAGUAGGGACACGUUUUUAAUCACGGCGGCUGGCAACAAGAUCGUAGUGUGGAACUUCUACCUGAAGAAGAGCGAGAUGUGCCACCCUCAGCCAAAGUCCAAGAAGGUGGACGUGCACAAGGACCCCGUGUCUUGCGUAGCUCUCUCCAGGGACGGAAGCGUAGCUGUCACUGGGUCGCGCAACGGCCAGCUCAAGGUGUGGCAGAUGAGCACCGGCGAAGCGCACACGAACCUGGACGGCCACACGGCCGCCAUUACCUGCCUGGCGUUCGCGCCCAAUGGCCUGUUCGUUGUCUCCGGCUCCGAGGACAACACACUCCGCGUCUGGGGGCUCACGCUUGGUCUGGUCGUCUCCACGUUCAAGGAGCACCAGAGCAAGAUCGUGAGCGUGUUCGUGACGUCGGACAGCCGUCGCGUGCUGUCAGUGGACUCGCAGGGGAUGCACCGGCUCUGGACGGCCGACAGCGCCACGCAGCUCGUCGCCUGCGCCAAGACUGCCAAGCAGGUCACGCUGCACGCCAACGUGGUCUUCACCGUCGGCGGAAAGAGCGACAACAGCUUGAAAUAUUGGCCCGUGUUUGAGACGGACAGCGAAAAGACUGUGAGCCACAGCGAAGCCAUACUGUGCUACACGGUCACCUACGAUUGCCAAACCAUUGUCACCGGAUCGCAAGACAUGUCGCUCAAGGUCUGGGAAGUCGCCACGGCAAAGUUAACUCAGGUGCUGGUGGGCCACGAAGGCCCGGUGAUGUGCGUCGCGGUGGCGCCGUUCCGCUGCUCGCUGGCCGUGUCCGGCUCGCAGGACUGCAACCUGAUCGUGUGGGACGUGACGACAGGCAGCGACCGGUUCGUGCUGCGCGGCCACACCGAGGCUAUACGGGCGGCCAAGCUGACGCUCGACGGAUCGGUGGCCGUGUCCAGCUCGGAUGACAACACGCUGCAGCUGUGGAACACGCAGAACGGCCACCGCGUGGCCAGCUUCGACCUGCACGCCACCGUACUCGCCGUGACCACCUCGCUGAACACGGGCCACCUGGUCGUGCAGCUGGCCAGCUCGACGCUGGUACCCAUGCUGCGGCUGCUCAACAACCCGGGCAAGGGGCUCAUGCUCGACCUGCCGCCCGGCACCCCCGUCGGCGACGAGCCCAAGACGCUCGGAGGGCACCCCCUGCGCGGCGUGGUCCCCAAGCGGGUCCUGCUGCGGGGCAACCUGAAGCGGGAGCAGUCGUUCGACUCCUUCUACUGGGACCUGCGCGCCCAAUCACCCAAACACGAAACGGCCGCGGCCGCCGACGACUUCCGUGCCAGCAAACCGCUGUCGCCGUUCGGCUCCCGCGAGCACCUGCAGCUGACCGGCGGCGCGGGAGGCGGCGCAGCCGUCUGGAACGGUGGCCUGGGUCGAGGACCCCGCGCCGCCGCGCCCGGCGCGCACGCCGGUGACCUGGGCCUGCAGCCCAAACCCAAGCUGCCCAAGCACAAGAUCCUUAAGAAGCAGCAGAGCAUGUUCGCCUGCUUUCCAGAGUUUACGCAGCAGACGCCGCCCACGUUGCUGUCGCCCGUGGCACCAAAGGAACUUGUCGAGAAGAAGGAACUCUCCAAGACGGGACGCACCGCCGGCGUCCUCCUCCCUCGCACAAACAGCGUCGAGGAGGCACCCGAGCCGGCUGCCCCCGGCCCCGAGAACACGGUCACCGGAUCGGCCGUCUGCGCCCUCAUGUGAACACCCCAUCAAAACCUCCUCCUCGACAAGCAGCCGCACGCCGAGCCUCGCCGAAUGGCUGCCACCCUCCUUGUCGCCCCUCCACGACGACGGACGCCUUUAUGACAAAGGGAAAACAACGUGCGCUAUGGCAGCUAAACUGCGGUCCUGAGGAAACUCUCCCAGAGCUCGCCAUCGCAGCCCCGAGCUAUCCGCACAGCGGCCCACGUCACAUUUCUAUGUACCGCGCAGCGCAGUGGGUCGGCCGCCGCACGCCGGCUGCGACGCCUGAAAUUGAGCUGUCUGUCUAACAGCCAGCGUGGAGCAUAAGCAAUAUAGCACGUCACUUGGAAACGUCAGCGCGUUGCCGACAGGCAGCUGGGCACUCGGGCAGGUCACACGCUCGCAUUUCUGUCAGGAGUCGUCACUGCCAAGAGCUGUCGAGGACUGCUGGUGUCGAGAGCAGGGUCCGGAUGCGGAAGUGGCACCACAGUGCGAUACAACCCACUGUAAACGUAUUUUUUUAGACGAACCAAAUGGCAACGUAAAGGUAAUUCGAGCCAAGCGCAUGCGUUGAAUCAAAACAGGUCGGGUUGAUGACAACACAGUGACGAACGCGGCAUCCCAAAGAGUGACGCCAGUGGAGUACAGAGCACUCUCGUGUAAUGUGUUUUGCUUUUUCGAGUGUAUCUUCGUUCCAGUCGCCGAGGCCUAUUGAGGCUGUCAUAAGGUUUAGUUUACUUGGCUUGAAAUACCAAAAGCCGCCUGGCCGUUACCCGUUUCGCACACACAUAGUGAAGACAAAAAGUCGGAAGAAAGUACCUCCGUGUGCGCGUGAUUCCAUAAGGUGUUUCAUGUCAGACGUCGUCGUAAUGUCGGCCCAUAAAACAAUCCAUUAGUAAUUUUAAGCUGUCAAAAGUAAAGUUACUUAUUCUAUGUGUCGAUGUUUCUUUUCAAUACAUAUGCCCAGAGCAAUGAGCUUUAGGAAAUAGCCACAGUCAUUACGUGAAUACCCGGUGUGAAAUGUUCCAGUGGCUGCUUAUCAGAGAGUCUCCAACACUCUACAGUGGAUCCCGCCUGACACGUUGUUGGAGUGUGAUACUUAUAUUUCAGUGUGAGCACCUGACCUUGCACAGCAAACGCUCCGGCUCGAGCACAUUUUCACUAUGCACACUCUGUUCACCACUGCACGUUGUACGUUCCUUCUACAGCCUAAGCACAAACUGUUGUGAAGACCUGCAUGUUAAAAGAAAAAAAAAACAAGCUUUUACUGAGCAUUAACCCACGCCGUGAGCUUUGAGAGCCGAUUAAUGUAUCAUAGAUAACUGAAAGUAAAACCUUUGUACUCGAAUGGCCUUCCACGUUCCUGUAAACACACAUCAAUACACUGUAAAGAAAAAAAAAAACACACACACAGACUGAGACACACUGGUGAUGCAAUUUUCUAAGUUCAGCUUCGUAUGUCGAUGCCUGUAGACAGGAGAUUUUUUCCGAGAGCUAUUCGAUCCUUACAGUGGUUGUGUUCAUAUUCUGGUCCUAGCUCCUUGAACAUUAGUCAAACAUUUGCUCAAUGUUUGUCGUGCGCUUGCACUCUGGCUCCAUUGAAAGCGGACCUUUCCAGCAAGUACCAAGCAUAUUUUAUAUACUACUCCCUCCUCUGCGUAAGUGUGCAUACAUGUACAAAGUCGUGUGCUAAUUUCUGCGCAAGUAGGUUAACCUUUCAUUUUCUGUUUUACUGAUCGGCCACUAUUUUUGUUAGCUUGAGAAAGUCGGAUACAACGGCAGGGUAAUAAAAUCUGCCUUGGUUACCUGGCUUGUCCCACUAUGCGCGGAGGAAAGAAGGUAAUAUAAUAUGUUCAUGCCUGAAAAUUAGGACAGGUUCAUUUUUUUCCCUUGUGUUUCUCUAGUGUUUGCGAAUGUGCAUACAUGUGGCAUAUCAUAUUUGUUGUACAUUCUUUUGUGAUGAAUUCGUAUUCAACGUUAUGUAUCGUUACACCUUGUGCUUGUUGAAGGGUGUGCAGGUGUUACUUGGCCGCCUAUGCUUCGCAAUGAAGGCGCAGAAGACAUGUCUUUCGCACCCGACAAGAAGAAAAAAAAGAUGCAUAUGAGGAGUGAAUAGUGAUGUUAACCCUGUGUUGAAAUGUGUAGUAUACGUGCCCUUUGCAAGUGCUUCUUGUUGGGCUGGCGUGCUUGUACCCUCACAGACACAUUUGUUCCCAUGUUUAAGCAUGCGUUCUCGUAGACGGGCCCUCGGCGCUGUCUGCGAACCGAGGCGAGGCGCUAUGGUGGCCACAAUGAAGGUACCAGACUCCGUGCUCUUCUGGAACCACAGUGGUCAUUAUUUACGGUUGAUUUUUCUCCCUAACAGUACCUGACGUUUUCUCUUCCAUUAGUGCGUGUUCUUCGAUGUGAGUGUCUUCGUUGCAGGCGAAAAUUCGUACACCAUCGUGCUCCCGGCGUUGACGAGAGGCGUGCCGAGGGUCACGUGCGCAGCACGAGGAGUAGUUUUAUUAAGCCCGAGCGUCUUCAGUUUGUAUUCCUCCCAAGUCUUGCUUUUCUCUCUCUCGCUGUACAGUGUCACUCCAGAACAACUGCUUGUUUUCUUCACGUACGAGAUCAGCCACUGUCGUGAUUUCCCGUUUCUUUUUUUUUUAAUUUAUUACUCUUUUUUUUUUCAUGAGUGUGUAGUGAGCACCCAGUCGCCCACGCGACCAUAUUUUCACGUCCACAGAAGGUCUUGCCUACAGAGGGACAUUGCGAGUGUGUAUACGUAUUUCUUUACGGAACCCUUCCCUCUCCGUGCAGUGACCCGCGAGUGCGGCGACUGUGACAGGCAAAAUGCCCAAACGUAAUGCGUAGUGAAUGGCGCUACUUUUGCACCAUACCACUGUCCUCUAGUUAGAAGCCAAGUGUUCCCACCGGGCUUCGCGCCCGCUGCACACCGCCGAGCUCACUACUGUAGUUUAGCGUACACACCCGUGAGACCGCGUGUACAGACGCGCAUUUUUGGUGCACCACAGGGGCACAGACCCUGCAGUUUGCCUCCUCCUCGGAGGCGCAGAUAACUUCAUCCCUGUCGCACCUAAUCCCGAAACGCUGGGCGCAUCACCCGCUGCGCCUCCGAGCUACCCUCUGCCCCCGCCGGCCACGUAAAGCAAUUAUAUCGGUAGACGUGCCCCCGAUGACAUGUGAUCUCCGCCUUAACUCUUAUGCGCGCAGCGUUCUUACGGUGAGACUCUUUCGUUCUCGUUUUCUACUCACCCUUUCGUUCGAGCCGAUUCGCUGUUUUCUUGUCAGUGCAUGGAUGACCUUGAGGAUGUAACUUGCGUGUGUAGCGGUGCAAAGGACGAUAAGCCGCCGCCAUUUCAUUGCGUGUGCGCGCGCAGAGACACGAACAGCGUUAGCAAGUGCCGCAAAAUGACCUCAUCAAUUGUUCCCUCUUCUGCUGUCAAAUUCGUUUCUUUGUUGUCUUUGACCAUAUCACGAUGGAAAGGGUAGACAAAAAAAGUGUCCGAGUAUCGCUGAGUCAUUAAGUUAUCGUAGAUCGUGCAGAAAAGCCUGUAAUCGCGCGCAAAAUUUUGUGAUGCCUUGGGACCACCUGAAAUAUAGGACCGUAGCUUCUCAAAUUACAUGUCAUGUGCUAUUUAGAUUAUUACUGUACUGAUUAGCCCUUGCACGAAUCAUAGCUGCUUCAUUCGCACCUGGAAUGACUGAUGAACAUGCAUUUAAACUCUCUUCCGUACAGAGUCUACACCCACCACGCCUCCCGCCCUUAUUGCUUCAGUGCAGAGAUGGCGACUCCUGUGUCGUGUUCGGCUUUCAAUACCACUGUUAAGGUGCGAGCUUGUCGACAAGACAAGUUUGAAAUGUGCGAUGCUGCACCAGUUCAGUGAGUCACUAUUGCAGCCAGCGCUCCUUUUUUGGCUUCGUGGGCAAGAAACCCUGGUGCGUCGAAGCUGCUAAUCAAUGAGGAAGCGCACAUACAUUUUACCUAGUUGCGCCAGUAUUAACUACAGUGGUCGAUACACAUAGGCAUAGUAUAUCAACGCGCGGCGCACAUCACUGCGAGUGCACGCCUUUAUAUUGCUCAGCUUUCGAACGCGUGGUUGCUAUGUGGUAUAUAUUUUACGUCUUAAUUUUUUUCCGUGCUAGAUGUUCUCACUAUACUUCAGUUCACGUUGGAUUUUAUUGGGCUUGCGGGGUGAAAAUGUAGCAGCCUCGCCACCGAUACGCCUGCCUAUGUAAAAAAAAAAUGCAAUGAAAAGUUUGCAUAGGCAGGAUAUGUGAGCAUGAGCAUGUCAUUUGCGAAAUAAAGGCCCUCGUCUAGAAGAAAGUGCAGGAAUAGUUUUAGUGAUGCUAUAACGUCUCUCGUGUUUCUGUUACGACUGUCUCAGGUUUUACUGAAUAUAGAAGACUCGAUGAUCAUGCCUUAAAACUCUGAUGGACAUAAUUAACACUAUGACGGCCAACUUACCGGAUGUUACCGUUACCGAUAACAGGCAACUGACUAGUUACUUACAACAAGUUCCCUAACGACACUUUCAUUCCGUUGAGGAGUAUUUGGAUGAGUAUAGCUGACUUCGAAGGCACAAAACUUGGUGUCAAUCGUGCAUAUGGAGCUUGAAGCGUUGAAAAAAAGUAACCGAAAAAAAUAAAAGUCCACUUUGACUCACGUAUACGUUAAGGGUCCCAGCAGCCCUUUUUGAACGUAGUCAGAAAACGCUGCCGACCUGCACAAGGCUUUUGCGAAAACACGAACCAAAUAUUGUUAUUCUACAGCCAGCCUGGAAUUCGCAAUUUCUUACUAGAGACAGCCAAAAAAUCGCUUCCUCUUCCCUCGGCAAACUACAAAGCAGGCGGGAGCAAGCGGGUGCGACAGCUAUUGGCUAAUGUUAUGAACGGCGCGCCAGCCUAGGGGUUUUAGAGGCCGUGUGACGUGUUCUGUGGGUACCUGGACCAUCCACGGGGUGCUGCGGCACCACUAACGUAUGAACCGCUAAAGAAAACUAGAUUUUCAGGUUCAUGACGCGCGGCAACGUAACUUUUAGGCCGCGCAUCAGCCCCUUGUCACGCACCGCUGUGUAACUUCAAGCGCGCUUGUGCCAAUCAAAGAUUAACAUGAGAGUUUGGGCGAGUUCGUAGUCCUUCGUGAAGAAAAUUUCAACAGCGCGGGAAUGAACUACUGUCCGUAUCAGCUCUCUUUUCGUGCAUUCGUGUUUAUUCCCGCGCUGUUGAAAUUUUUUUCACGGUCAAUUGAAGAAGAAAAAAAAGCGUUCGGCUCGUCCGUUCAUACUCUGACAGUUUCGAGAAUGUUUCGCGGCAGGACAUUCACGAGCCAACAGAUACCAGUAAUAAAAUUAUCCUCUGGUAGCUUAGAAAAGUGGUGCGGGAUCUCCUUAAAAAUCGGAGGCAGCUGUCUCAGAGAAACGCAGCAUAUAAACCAACUUGUGGUGCCAAAUAAUUGGCGAUAUCGCGCGAAAGUUGUGACAACACUGCGAGCUUCCGCAAGGGUCCCCACAAACUCGAGCCGCAACUUGCUCAAUACGCUGUGAGCCAAAAUGAACGAAAUGACUGUUUUCGAAACACGUGACGCGUCUAACUUAGCAACAAAGACCUGCCCCGUCCUUGAGGCUGCAAUCGAUCCACCGUUGCCACUAGAAAAAUGAAAGAUCAAACAGGCGAAGCUUAAACUUAGAACACACGAAAACAUCUUUCGUUAAUGCUGGGCGACCUUACAAAAAAUAGAUUUAGAUAGCUUAUAGACUGUCUAAACUCAUUUUUAGACAGUCUACAGACUCUCUACAUACAUUUUUGCAAAGGCGACAUGCCAUCCACGCACCCUCCUAUGUAGUGGCAGCAGGAUUCUCGUUUCUUUCUUUUUUUUUCUUUUUUCUUUUUUUUUACGUACUGACAGGCACAACGCGUCGCAACUGUACAUUUAAUAUCGUUCCACGUAGCUUCAAAGAACUGGUUGGAGCAUAUUUCUAAGCGUGUUGGUAUUGAAGAAAGACAAGGUCUAGUUGGGCGCAGUAGUGUGUCACGUGGCUCGUUUCGCCAUAUUUGUUUCUCGGGAGGGAAGAAAGGCUACCCCAAGAGAAAGAUCAAACAGUCUUUCUUCGAUGUCAACUGCUGCUGAGUCACCUAAACUUCGCACGCGCCACCUACUCUGAUUUCGUACCAUCUUACUAUAGCUGCUUACUUGAACUUGCUUUGUAGGCUGAUUUACCCUUGAGAUCAGGGGCCCAGAUUUUUUUUUUCUCGAGUAAAGUUGCGCUUCCAGGUUUUAAGCGCGUAGUUUGAACAAGCGAAUCGCGUCUAAUUUCGACCUUUUUUGCGUUAAUCACGUUGUGUUAAUGUUCCGCACAUAUAUCUACGUUAACUUUGUGCGUAGUUCUCGUGUCAAGGUUCGUUUUGGCGCCAUUUUUAUCGUCCUACGUGUACUAGGAGGCCUCAAGUCGUCUUACUGUUACGAAAGUGUAGUCGGAAAGUAGCGGCCAAAUAAAUACCCGGAUCCCGCGAGCGCCCACUGGAUCAGAAGGCCUCAAAGAAGUUCCUGUCCUCAAAACGUUUCGCCUGCUUGCUGACUGUUUGGAAGCUUUUAUUGGAACGAAAUUAAGACUGUGUUACUGGAGUGACAAAAAAAAAAUCAAUAUUUUCUUAUCAAGGGUUUUCUUCCAUUAUUCGUGGUCGAGUGGUAGGUAAGUUCUGCUACGAUUCGCAGCAAUAUAUUAUUCAUCUUGCCACAAAAGUCAUGCCGGUUGUACAACGUGCAGCAUCAUCUCUCGCUUAAUUUAUUAUUUUUCUCCUCUCGGAACAAUCGCGGUUUUCAUUUUUCGCGACUUAUUUAUUGUGAAGCGUCAGUUCAUAAUCUAUUGAAGUAUGUAUGUCUAUUUGUCUUUCUCUCUGGCACGUGAAAAAAAAAUAUUAUUCUUACAAAUGCCACAUGUUGUUCAUCGCUGUGUUUUCCUUGUGCGAUGGUGUAUUCUCGAAAUAGCAAAAAAAAAAUGUGAUGAAGAAGUUAUUCCUUUGUGGUUAUAAGCACCCAUGAUUGUUCGUUUUCCCGUGUAUGCGGUUCGUUAUCCCUGAUGUAGCACGCACCAUUCUUGUCAUACGCGACGCAUAGUAGAAGCCAUUGAAGUGCACCUGACUGGCAGGUGGUUGACAUUUUCCACGUUUAUGUAUAGCUGGACCCUUGGUAAAUGGAGUAAUAAACAGGAUGUUUCUACGAAAA